CGAAGAUGCAACCAAUAGAACGGAAGAGGCAAAGAAUCUCUGAAGAAAGAAGCUCUUCUGCCAGGGCUAGACUCUCGGGAAAGGAACGUGCUAAGAUUCAUAGAGAGAGGAAGAAGAAAUAUUAUGAAGAUCUUGAAGUAGACAACAAUAAAUUAAAAAUCGAAAUAAAGGAUUUGAAAGCUGAAGUUAUUAAACAGGCCAAAAUCAUUGAAGAUCUUGAAUGAAAAAUUGCUGAUGCAAACCACUCAAAAAUUGUUAAGGAACUUAAGCCAGAUAUCAAGCUACCUCAGCUGAGUACCUUUUUCAACAUUACUAAAGAAGAGAUGAAGGAGAACCCUGCUGAUAGUCAAGGAAUUAAUAAACCAUAUUGAGAAUCUAAGGAAGAUAACCAGAAAGCAAUAGAAUUAGGAACCUUUGCAGCAGAAACUAAACGAAUUCAGCUUAUGAAGAAGAGUUUCAGAGGAAUUAUUGAUAACAUUCUUCCUCGUGAAAGCCAAAUGAUGCUUGUCCUCUUUGAAUACGUCCCAGUUAGCAAAUUCAUCCGUAUGAAGAACCUAUCAAGGUACAAAUACCUUGAUAGGAAGUCAGUAGGGAUUCCUGAAUUGGACGAAUUCAUAGAAAAAUAUCUAUCUAAUACUCUGAUUGAGUUCAUUGAGGCCUUCGGCAAGAGAUAUCUUAAGACUCUUCAAGAAAUAAGACGGUUGACCAGGAAAUUAGUUUACAUCAGAAAUAAGUUGCUCCAGACACUAGCUUCACUAUCUGAGUUAGAUCAAGAGGCAGAGUCGUGUCCUGAUGCCCCCUUCACUAAAAAGGACCGUAAGAACAUUUAUGCUCAUUGACAACAAAUGGGAGAUUCCUCUGUCUUCUCCAAGAAGUUAGUGUGGCAUAUUGAGCAAAGGAAUGAAGUAAGGGAAUAUUGUUCAGAUAUCGAACUUAGUGAUUAAUCUCAGUUUACCCAUGAUAUAUUUCUUAGUGAAUUUUUACCGUAAAAACAGCUUAAUUCACAGAUCUAAAGCCUAGGUCUAGCUUCCUAUGUCAGUUGUCUGGGUUUUAAAUUUCUAAGAACUUUUAAGAUUCCAUAUAAUAUUUCCUCUUGCAGCUGAAUUGUUUCCAAUGAGAAUAGAUCAAUAAAAAGAGGAUUUUGGAAAAUCUUAAAAUGUUAUUACACAAAGUUUUGAAGGAAAGUUAUCAAUAACCGUUAUCUUGCCUUAGACAAGGUUUGGUCUUAACGAAUUAUAGAAAUGUAGCUGAUUUCUAUAAAGCUCCAGGCCUUUGCCAUUUUCAUAAGUUUCUUAACCUGCCUUCUAUUUUGCUGAUCUUUGCUUCUUGAUUUAGGUGAAUAUUCUUUAAUUGUUACGUCAGAGAUUGUAACA